UCGCGUGGAAGGUGAAAGAGUCAGAGACUCGGAGAUUUCAAGCCAGAGGACUCGAACUUGUCAAAGAGACGGGUCGCUGAUCGGUGCGUGGUGCCGGUGUACUUUUGAGGAGAGUGUCAAUUUGUCGUUACGAUGCUGCUGAAGGAAGUGAGGUCAACUUUUGUGGAGUACUUCCAGAAGAAGCACGCACAUGUGUACGUCCACAGCUCUCCAACCAUCCCUCACGAUGACCCUACUCUCCUCUUUGCCAAUGCUGGCAUGAAUCAAUUCAAGCCAAUAUUCCUCGGCAAUGUGGAUCCAAGCAGUGACAUGGCAAGAUUAAAGCGCGCUGUGAACUCACAAAAGUGCAUCAGAGCUGGUGGCAAACACAAUGACUUGGAUGAUGUAGGCAAGGAUCUAUAUCAUCACACAUUCUUUGAGAUGUUGGGAAACUGGUCCUUUGGUGACUAUUUCAAGGAUGAGAUUUGCUCAUGGUCCUGGGAUUUGCUCACCAACGUGUACAAAUUACCAAAGGAUCGUUUGUAUGUGACUUAUUUUGGUGGCGAACCUUCCCAGCAGUUGGAGCCUGACCUUGAGUGCCGGCAGAAGUGGCUGGAUCUUGGUGUUCCUGCUGAGCAUAUCCUGCCAGGAAGUAUGAAGGAUAAUUUCUGGGAGAUGGGAGAUACUGGCCCAUGUGGUCCGUGUUCAGAAAUUCAUUUUGACAGAAUUGGAGGAAGGGACGCUUCUUCAUUAGUAAACCAAGACGACCCUGACGUUCUGGAAAUCUGGAAUCUUGUCUUCAUUCAGUUCAACAGGGAAUCGAAUGGACAACUGAAGAGCCUUCCUAAGAAGCACAUUGACUGUGGUCUUGGCCUCGAACGUCUGGCUUCAAUUAUGCAAGAUAAGCGCUCCAAUUACGAUACUGACGCCUUCUUGCCAAUCUUUGUGAAAAUUCAAGAGCUGACGGGAGCGCGCCCGUACACUGGUAUGAUUGGUAAGGCUGACAGUGACUGCGUGGACAUGGCUUACCGUGUGCUCGCUGACCACGCCAGAACCUUGACUGUUGCUCUGUCUGAUGGAGGAAUGCCCGACAACGUUGGAAGAGGAUACGUUUUGCGACGCAUCUUACGGCGCGCAGUGCGUUUCGCGUCUGAGAAGCUUGGAGCUAAACCCGGUGUAUUCGCAGAGCUCGUCGACGUUGUGGUUGAUCUGCUCCAAGACGCCUUCCCGGAGCUUGCCAAAGAUUCUAGCUACGUGAAGGAUGUCAUAAAUGAAGAGGAGCGUCAAUUUUUGAAGACUUUAGAGCGAGGACGCAAACUUCUUCACCGAACUGUUGGCAAGCUAGGAGUCUCCAAGCUUAUUCCCGGUGACGUGGCGUGGCGUCUUUACGACACCUACGGCUUCCCAGUGGACCUAACUCAACUCAUGGCAGAAGAGAAUGAUCUCAACGUGGACAUGGAUGCCUUCGAGACAUGCAAAAAAGAGGCACAGGAACGGUCGAGAGGGGAAGCCAAGGACCGGGACGAUUCAUACAGACUAGACGUCCAUGCCAUAGAGGAACUCAAGUCACGGGGCAUUCCAUUCACUGACGAUUCCCAAAAAUAUGAUUAUAAAGCUGGCAACUCUCCAGAUGCCGACUACUCGUUUGGCUCGUGUCUGGGUAAAAUUGUAGCUAUUCGCAUGAACGGCCAUUUCGUCGAAGAGGUUAAAUCCGGUGAUCGUUGUGGAAUAGUCACCGACCGGACCUGCUUUUAUGCUGAAAGUGGUGGACAGCUCUCAGAUGAAGGCUUUAUGGUGAAAAAUGACGACGACUCGACUGAAUUCAAAGUCGAAAAUGCUGAAAUUAAAGGAGGCUUUGUUUGUCACGUGGGAGUUGUUGAGGGCACUCUGAAAAUUGGUGACGAAGUAGCAAUAACUUUUGACGGUGUGAGAAGAAAGUUACUAAUGAAUAACCACACUGGAACUCACAUCCUGAACUUUGCUUUGAGACAAGUUCUCUCGGCCGACGCAGAUCAGAAGGGUUCACUGGUGGCUCCUGAUCGUUUGAGAUUCGAUUUUAGUAGCAAAGGAGCAAUGACCGUCGAGCAGGUGAAGCGAGCUGAACAGAUCGCCGUCGAAAUGGUCAAGUCCAACAGCCAGGUUUAUGCCAAGACAUCUUCAUUAGCUGUUGCCAAGAGCAUCGUGGGGCUCCGGGCUGUGUUUGGGGAGGUGUACCCUGACCCUGUUCGAGUUGUGUCGGUAGGCAUUCCAGUAGAAGAUCUGGAGAAGGACCCGCAGAGUCCGGCUGGCAAUAAGACCAGUAUUGAAUUUUGUGGCGGCACUCAUCUUCUGCGUUCCGGACACGUUGGCCACUUUGUUAUUGCUGUUGAAGAAGCCAUCGCCAAAGGAAUAAGGAGAAUCGUUGCUCUCACCGGCCCCGAAGCUCAAAAAGCCAUUAACCGAGGUGCGCUCUUGCAAAAUAAAGUAAACCAACUAACACAAACUCUGUCUAAUGACAGCUUGUCAUAUAAAGAAUCGGUGAAGCUCAUUACUGAUUUAAUGGAGGACAUCAACCAAGCUCAAAUUCAGUACUGGCUACGCGAUGAGCUCAGAAACGCGCUUGAUUCUGCCAAGAAAGUGUUGGGAGAUGCCGACCGUGCCCGCAAGAUGGCGGUCUCUAAGGACGCGAUUCGUUUCGUAAAGGAGCUAAAAGCCGCCAAUCCUGACGUGCCUUAUGUGGUGGUGGAGCUGAAAGCGUUUGCUCAAAAUAAAGUACUGAACGACGCUCUGAAGGAAGUUAAGAAUGGGCCUCCAAGCCUCUUCAUAAGUGCUGAUGAGGAUACCGGAAAAAUUUUGGCCAUGGCUGCAGUGCCUAAAGAUGUUGUCCAGAAAGGUCUGGCUGCCGAUCAGUGGGUGAAGAAUCUAACGGAGCUGCUGGACGGUAAGGGAGGUGGCAGAGCAGAGAAUGCCCAGUUGAGCGGCACCAAUACGUCGGCAUUACAUAAGGCUUUGCGACUUUCGCACGAGUUUGCUCAACAAAAGUUAAGCUGUCCACCCGUUCAUCUCAAAACGGAUGAGCUUCUUACAACGUCGGCUACAAAUGUUUUAGAAAAACCACCGAAGUGUUGCCAAAAACGGGAAGAGACGAAAGUGGCAGUGAAGACCCAAGCGGCGACUGAUACUAAGUAUGAUUUGGUACUGCAUGGUGCUGACAAUAUUCAGGCCAUUUUUGUUGCACUUGCCGCGGGCUUCUCAGGAAAGACCUUGACGUUUGCUGACAACUCGGCGAAGAGAGUGAGCUUAGUGACGUCCGAAGGCAGGCUGGAAGGCGCGCUCGCUUCGGCUUCUUUCGUAGCGCCAGCCGACAUGUGUGGGAAGGAUCCCGUGCACAAAGCCCAGGUGUUGUCGUGGAUGAUCACUGCUGAGUCGGAACUGCUGCCUCUACUUGCGGCUGGCAAGCUCGUCAGUCAGCCAAAGCCAGGCGCUGGAGCCGCCGCCCAGCAGAUGCUGGAGCGCUUGAACCGCUACCUACGCGACCACACCUUCUUGGUAGGCGAACGCCUGUCGAUGGCUGAUGUGAGCGUCUUCGCGUCUUUGUUGAACGCUUACCGCGACCAGCGCCUGAGACCUUCCAUGGACAAGCUCACGAGCCUGACACGCUGGUUCAACACCGUCCUUCAUCAGCCUCCUGUGCAGACUUGUCUCAGCUGCAUGAACAUGACGCUUUAAUGGUCGUCAGUGAGGCUUUUAGCUUGGAAGGUCGAUGACUGAACUUUUUGCUGUCAUGGUUGUUGAGGCUAAAGUGUGUUGUAGGAUAAGUGAGUAAAAUCUGUUCCACCUUUUACACAUGUUGUUGGUUCAACCUAAGAAUUGAAUUGUUUUAUUAACUUGGAGUUGCAUCCGUUCCGACAUCCACGCGCAUUGAUUGUUACUACUUGUCUGAAAGAAAAUUGAUUUUCAAAAAUUGUAGAAAAGUUGAUGAAAUUUGAAUACGUGGAAUUUUCACUUGGCUUCAAUUACGCGUGGGCGGCGGAAUGGCUGAUUGUCGACUAUGGGAGCGAUGUUCUUUCGAAGAACUUGCUAUGUCGAAUUACCUUUUUGGAUUGAGUAAAAAAUUUUGACAUCA